GCUGAAGCAUCCCCUGUUGCUAAAAAGGGUAGAGGUAGACCACGUAAGGAAGAGAGCGUGAAAUCCACCCAACCAGAAGCUAACAAACAAGAAAAAACCGAACAAAAAACUAAUCAACCUUCAGUUGAAAAAAUUGUUAAUAAUGAACAAAUUUCCAAAGCUAUCGGAGAAAUAAUUUCGUACGUUUCACGUGAAUCCAAUAAACCUUCAUCUGAAUCAUCCAAAAAAGAUUUAUUUGAAGAUGCUGAUGAACAAGAUGAUGAAAUUUCUAAAAACUUAUUUGUUAAUAUUUCAACCAAAAAAUUAAAUUCAAAAUUUACUUUAAAACCAAAAGCUAUUAGAUUAAGUCAUCAAUUCCGUGAUGUUUCGAAAUUAAGAACAUGCAUUAUUGUCAAAGAUCAAUUAAUCACCUCUAAUGAAACUUUGGAAUCAAUUGAAAAUCUUAAUUUACCAACUUUACAAAAAAUUUAUACUAUUCAAGAUAUUAAAACUGAAUUCAAAAAUUUCGAAAAACGUCGUCAAUUACAUAAUGAUUACGAUUUAUUCUUAGUCGAUGAUAAUGUCUUUAAUAUAUUACCAAAUGCAUUAGGUAAAACUUUUUUCAAAUCAAAUAAAGCUCCGGUUCCAAUUAAAAUCACUAAAAAUAAAGAAUUGUCUUUAGAAAGUUUGAAAAAUCAACUUGCUAAGGCUGUUUCUUCCACUUUUUAUAUCCCUCCAAUCAGUAAUAAUAUCGUUAUUAAAGCCGGUGGUAUAAAUAACUUGAAUCAAGACCAAUUGGUUGAUAACGUCCAAGAUAUCAUUGCUACUUUCAACCAAAAUGACAUCAGAGCCAUAUUCGUUAAAACAACUUUAUCUCCUGCCUUGCCAAUCUUCUACGCUGAUAAAAUU